UAUAAAUACCCCCAAAUAUUUUUUAAAAUUCAACCAAAAUUCGAAUUUCUCAACAAAAAGCUUUCAAAAAAUGUUUAAAAUCAACUUUAAAUUAAUUUUAUUAUUUUUAUUUCCUUUAUUAGUCUCCUCAAAAUUGCUAGACGGAUUAUUAGAUUUGUCUAUAGUUGAGAAACUUGUAGACGAAAUUAAUGGGUUGACUGGGGGAAUAUGGACAGCAGAAGUAAAUGAAUUAACUAGAUUGCCUUUAAUAGAGCAGAAGAAGCUUUGUGGGACAAUUAUACCCGAGGAGAAUAAAAACCAUACACAGGCAGAACCUCCAAAAGUUGAGGGGACGGUAAAGGGAAGUUGUUCGACAAAAAUUGAAUUUGAUGCUAGAAAUAAAUGGUCGGGUUGUUCAGCAAUUAUAGGACAUAUUCAAGGACAAUGUGGAAGUUGUUGGGCAGUAUCUACCGCUUCUACUUACACAGACCGUUAUUGUAUUGCUAAGGCUAAGAAAAACCAAAAAAUUGGAACAGAUGCAGGCUCCCAAUUUUCUGCUCUCGAUGUAUUAUCCUGUUCGAUGAGUAGAGAUGGGUGCCAAGGUGGUUGGCCUUUAGAUGCUUGGAAAUGGAUACAAAGCAAAGGAGUAUGUACAGGAACAGACUAUAAAACGAAGGGAGGAUGUAAACCAUAUCCAUAUGCAUCCGGUGGAGCAACACCUAGGUCACCCUGUAAAUCAGCAUGUACAGCAAACUGGAAGACAGCAUAUGCAAAAGAUAAACACUUUGCAACGGGUGCAAAGGGUUUUCAAGGAAGUACUGCAACCGUUCAAGCUAUUAAAAAUGAGAUAAUGGCAAAUGGCCCAGUCGUUGCUUGUUUUGAUGUUUAUAACGACUUUAUGUCAUACAGAUCUGGAGUCUAUUUUAAGACUGCAAAUGCCCGAAAAGUAGGAGGACAUGCUGUCCGAAUAAUUGGUUGGGGUACCCAAACGUGUAGUGGAAAGAGUAUGCCUUUCUGGCUAAUUGCAAAUUCAUGGAGCACUGGAUGGGGAGAAAAAGGACUUGUCAAAAUUAGAAGUGGAGUGAAUGAAGUUGGAAUAGAAAAAUCUGGAAUUGCUUUUGGGAUUCCAAAAAUAUAG